CGGCGUUAGGCCGCGGCGGUAGGAUGGGCCCGCCCCUCCCGCACUUGGAGGCGCCCGCCCGUGCCGUCUCCUAGCAGCGCCGUGACGCGCACGCGCACGCGCCCUGGGUGCCGGGCCGCCGUGACGCGCACGCGCCUCUGGGUGCGGCGCCGCGGGCGGGAGUGAGGGGCGCCCCCGAGCGGAGGUCUGGGAGCGCGCGGGGUGGGCGCGUGGGGGGCGACGGCGACCAGUGGGGAGCCGGCUCCGUGUCGCCCUUGGAGGACUUGGCGCCCCCAGCUCUCUCUGCUCCCCGUGCAGCCGCCCUCCCCGCCUCAUCCGGGACGUUUCCGGAGCCUUAGGGACCGUAACUCUUGACCCUCGUGGCAUUUUUGUUGGACUUUCUCUGGAAAAAUGGAACCUGGCAGCUUGUCUUAGAAGAUCGCAGGAUGUUUGUUCCAAGAUCUCUCAAAAUCAGGAGGGGCGCUCACGACGAAGGCAGAAGUUGUGCAGCUAAGAGAGCAAAACCAGAAGCAGGAGACGCCUCACAGGACGAAGGCAGUGGCGACCCGGUGGGACCCGUCGGUACAGAAGAGGCCCCAGAAGCAGACGGGCCCGGCGCGGAACCAUGCCCCUGCCCCAGUCCAGAGGGCCAGGUGGCCACGGUCUGUGUGCUGGGACCUGAGCCGCGUGCCGAGGAUGGCCAUCUCUCGGAAGAGCCUGUUAAGUCAUUUUCCAAAAUGCAGCGCUGGGCAGAGCCCGGGGAACCUGUGUGUGUUGUCUGCGGCCGUUACGGCGAGUACAUCUGUGAUAAGACAGAUGAAGACGUGUGCAGCCUGGAGUGCAAAGCGAAGCAUCUCCUGCGGGUUAAGGAGAAGGCAGAGAAGUCAGCGCUCAGCCGCCCGCAGGAAGCUGGCUCUCAGCCCGAGGCCCCGUUGGAGGCUUGCUACGUCUAUAAAGAGCAUCCCUUCGUCUUGAGCCUGCAGGACGACCAGGUUGAGAAUCUUAAGCAGCAGCUUGGUAUUUCAGUGCAAGGACAAGAUGUCACCAGGCCCAUUACUGACUUCGAGCACUGUGGUUUUCCCGAGGCCUUAAAUGUCAACCUGAAGGAGUCGGGCUAUGAGGUCCCAACCCCCAUCCAAAUGCAGAUGACCCCCGUGGGUCUCCUGGGAAGGGACAUUCUGGCCAGCGCUGACACCGGCUCCGGAAAGACGGCCGCCUUCCUCCUUCCUGUUAUCAUCCGAGCUUUAUUCGAGAGCACAGCUCCAUCUGCGGUCAUUCUGACCCCAACGAGAGAGCUGGCCAUCCAGAUAGAGAGACAAGCCAAAGAACUGAUGAGAGGCCUGCCGCGCAUGAAAACCGUGCUCCUGGUGGGGGGCUUGCCCUUGCCCCCGCAGCUGCACCGUUUGCGGCAGCAUGUCAAGGUUAUCAUAGCAACUCCUGGGCGACUUCUGGAUAUCAUAAAACAGAGCUCUGUCGAACUCCGCGGUAUAAAAAUUGUAGUAGUGGAUGAAGCCGACACCAUGUUAAAGAUGGGCUUCCAGCAGCAAGUGCUUGACAUUUUGGAGUACGUGCCGAGUGAGUGUCAGACCAUCCUGGUUUCCGCUACAAUCCCAGCCAGCAUAGAGCAGCUGGCAGCCCGGCUCCUACAUGACCCCGUGCGGAUCAGCGCCGGGAGCAGGAACCAGCCUUGUUCCAGCGUGCGGCAGAUUAUCCUGUGGGUAGAAGAACCCGCCAAGAAGAAAAAACUGUUUGAGAUCUUAAAUGAUAAGAAGCUCUUCCAGCCUCCCGUGCUAGUAUUUGUGGGCUGCAGGCUCGGAGCUGACCUUCUGAGUGAGGCCGUUCAGAAGAUCACAGGCCUGCAGAGCAUAUCCAUGCAUUCCGAGAAGUCCCAAGUCGAGAGGGAAAGCAUUCUGAAGGGGCUGCUGGAUGGAGAGUACGAGGUGGUGGUGAGCACGGGCGUCCUGGGACGCGGCCUGGACCUGAUCAGUGUCAAGCUGGUUGUCAAUUUCGACAUGCCUUCCAGUAUGGACGAGUAUGUGCACCAGGUUGGAAGAGUGGGAAGACUGGGCCGGACCGGGACCGCCAUCACCUUCAUCAAUAACAACUCCAAGAGACUCUUCUGGGAUGUCGCAAAAAGAGUGGAGCCCACAGGCUCCAUCCUGCCCCCGCAGUUACUCAAUUCGCCUUACCUCCAUGACCAGAAGAGGAAAGAACAACAGAGGGACAGACAGACGCAGAGCAACCUGGUCACGGGCGCCAAUCUUAUGGACAUUAUUAGGAAACACGAUAAAAGUAAUUCCCAAAAGUGAUUUGCUAGACCACUUGGAGCACGUUUUUAUUGCGUACUAUCAGGGAAACCUCUAUAUUAUUAUGUAUGGUUUGAUAAGUGGGACAUGUACGUGAAAUAAAAUUUAAAAUAUCCUUAAAAUUGUUUAAUAGACUAUAAAGUUUAUACAGCAAAAUCAUAUUUUUCUUUUAAAUUCUCAUAAAUUAAAAGCAACAUCAGAAAAUGAAUUGCUAAAUAAGGUAAUUUUUUUCUCUCUCUGGACAAAGCCUUUUUUUUAAAAAAAAUAACUGUUCCUUGGAGCUACUGUCAGAACCAGAAACCUGCCCAACAAAGAGUGUGACUCAGGACGGUGGUUCAUUUGUGUCCCCAUCAUGCUGCAAGCGUGUCGGCACUUGGAUUAGUGUUGAGUAAAUGAACGUUAGGAAGAAG